AAAUUUAUCACUAUUGUCUCGCUCGCUCUCCUUUUCAUCAAACCCCACCCCUCUUCUGUGGGUAGGUGCUCCUCACUCUCUCUUCUUCCCUUCACAACCCUUCUAGAUUCUUCCGCCGAUCCUUCUCCGGCCACCACUCCCUUCGCUAGGUCAGCUCUUUCUCUCUCUCUUUCCAGCCCUAUUUUCCAUCACUUUAUCUAUCACACCACGCCACACAGCCACGCCCGCACGUGUUUUAUGCACGCGAAUCGGAUUUGUAUGAACUCAACCGAUGGGGCACAAAAAGCGAAACCCUACGCCGCGCUCCAAACAAUCCGCGGCGGCUUCUCCGGCGGCGCAAUCCGGCGUCGGCGGAGCCGCCAACGGUGCCAACUCGCCGGACACUUACGCCUGCAAUGUUUCCGAUCACAACCCUAGCAAGAUCGAAUUGGCUCCUCCCCAAUCGGAGGGUUCCGAUAACUCCACAAUCAAGCUCGAGUGCGAGCGCGCACUCACCACGCAUCGCCGCGGGAACCACACCAAGGCAAUGAAGCUCCUCAAGGAGAUUUGCGCCAGGGAGGAGGGCUCUCCCCACUCCGCCUUCGUCCACCGUGUCCACAGCCUCGUUUGCUUUAAAACAGCGACGGUCAUCACGGACCCGAGCUCCAAGCAGCGGCAUUUGAAGAAUGCCGUCGAGUCGGCGCGCCGCGCCGUGGAGCUCACGCCGAAUUCCGUCGAGUACGCCCAUUUCCUCGCCACUGUGAUGCUGGAGGCGGCGAAUGAAGGGAAGGAUUACGAGGAGGUGGUGCAUGAGUGCGAGAGGGGGCUUGCCAUUGAGAACCCUAGUGAUCCUGCGAAGGAGACAUUGCAGGAUGAGAGCGAGCAGAAAGUUUCUUCCCCUGAAGAGCGGAUAGCGCACGUGCAGAAUGAGUUGAGGCAGCUCAUUCAGAAGUCGAAUAUAGCUUCCUUGUCCUCUUGGAUGAAGAACUUGAGCAAUGGGGAGGAGAGGUUUCGGUUGAUUCCGAUAAGGAGGACUCCUGAGGACCCCAUGGAGGUGAGGCUGGUUCAAACUAGACGGCCUAAUGAGAUCAAGAAGGUCACCAAGACGCCCGAGGAAAGGAGAAAGGAAAUUGAAGUUCGAGUGGCUGCUGCAAGGCUGUUGCAGCAGAAGUCAGAGUCGCCACAUUCGCCGAACGAAGGAGAGAGGGAUGACAGGCAGUUGGAUUCCUCUGCGGGAUCCACUCAGAGGAUUGGUAGUGAUAGGAGGAGGCAUGGGAAUGCGAGAAAGAAUGGCUUUACAGCUGAGAGGAUGAAGUGGGUGUACGGAUAUUGGAAUUCAGUGAGUAUGGAUAUGAAGAAGGAUUUUCUUAGGGUUAAAAUUUGUGAUCUCAAGUCACACUAUGGGUCUUCCAACGAUACUUUGCCGAACGAUAUAUUAUCAGAAGCUUUGUCUUAUGCUGAGGUCAACAAAACGUGGAAGUUCUGGCUUUGCUGCAACUGUGAAAGGAAAGAUUCCAACCCGGAUUCUCAUAGGCAUCAUGUUGUGCAGGAACACAUGGGGAGUCUCUCGCCACAAAUGCAGAGGCUUCUUCCCCAACAUGUUGAUAGUGAAUGGGUUGAGAUGAUUCUUAAUUGUUCUUGGAAGCCUCUGGAUGUCAUAGCUGCAGUUAGAAUGCUUGAUAAUAAAGCAAAGUUCAGGAGUCCUUCAUUUCCUGAGGAUUUAUACUUGGAUCAUCAUACUCCGGACUAUAAUGAUUGUUUCAAAGAUGCAGGCAGCUCUUACAUUGAGAAGGAAAGUCCAGGGGACAGUCUUCGUAAUUAUUCAGCCGAAUGCAACAACUAUUGUAAAAUUAUAGAAAGUGAUGUUAGAGGUGGUGUUGAAGAUCAACUAUCCAUGGCUAAUCCCAUUAUUGAUUGUUGGCCAGUAUCUGAUGACACUGAGCGUGCAAAACUUCUGGAGAAAAUUCAUGCCAAGUUGGAGGUUCUUAUUAGGCACAAAUGUCUUGCUGCUAGUCAUCUUAACAAGGUCAUACAGUUUACGAUGGGGGAGAUACAAGGUCUUGCUGCUGGUUCUCAACUUCUCAAUCAUGGCGUGGACCAAACACCAAUGUGUAUAUGCUUUCUGGGAGCUUCACAGCUCAAGACAAUUUUCCAAUUUCUGCAGGAAAUAUGUCAUGCUUGUGGGGUGGAGAGGCCUGCUGAUAAAGGCAGUAGUCCCACAAAUGAUUUGCUCAAUAUCACUCAAGGUCCUGAGAUUAAAGACAAGAUUGUACUUGAUGGAGAUGCAUCAUGCCUCCAUCUGGACGAGUGUUUACUACAAGGACAAGUCACCCCUGGUACAGCUCAGGGGCCUGUUUUGGAAGAUAUAACCACCUCAAGCUCACCUGAUGGAAUUUCAUGCUAUAAUGAUGCGUUGCUGUCCUGGAUAUUUUCAAGUUCGCCUAUUGGGGAUCAAUUGACAUCAUGGCUGCGGACUAGAGAAGAUAAAAUAAAUAAAGGAAAGGAAAUUGUCCAGCUACUCGAGAAGGAGUUUUAUCACCUACAGGGGUUAUGUGAGAAGAAGGGUGAGCGUAUAAGUUAUGAGGAAGCACUGCAAACAGUAGAGGAUCUUUGUCUCGAAGAAGGUAAGAAGAGGGAAACGGUUGGUGAAUUUGUCCAGCGAAGCUAUGAAUCUGUCUUGAGAAAACGGAGAGAAGAGCUCAUUGAGAGUGAGAAUGAAAUGAUGUAUGUCAGCAAUAGGUUUGAGUUGGAUGCUAUAUCAAAUGUUUUGCAAGAAGCAGAAGCAAGGAAUGUUAAUCAAUUUGGCUAUGAGGAAACUUAUGCUGGUGUGACUUCUCAGUUAUGUGACUUGGAAUCUGGUGAAGAAGAUGAAUGGAGAAUGAAGGACUACUUGCAUCAAAUGGAUGGUUGUAUAGAAAACGCAAUUCAGAAACUGAAAGAGCAUUUAUCUAUAGAGCUUAGCAAAACUGAUGCCCGAAUAAUUAGAAGUUUUACAUCGAUGCAACAAAUGGAAUUCAAGCUUGGACCUGUUUCUGCUAAUGAUUAUCGAGCAAUAUUAGUGCCUCUAGUGAAGUCCUACCUAAGGGCACUUUUGGAAGAUUUGGCUGAAAAGGAUGCAAAAGAGAAGUCUGAUGCUGCAAGUGAAGCCUUUUUGGCCGAACUUGCACUUGAUUCCAAGAAGGCUGUUAAGGGGGGAAGUGAGAGCACAAGACAUGUCGAGAAGACAAAAGAUAAGAAGAAGAAUAAAGAUCACAGAAAAGCAAGAGAUUUGAAGUCCUUAAGUGGUCAUGUGCAGUUCUCACCUCGACCUACAACUCCUGAUUCCAAUCUAAUUCCACCUGAAAGUGACUUCCCAGAUCAUGAGGAUGUUUCUAUGAUCGAUGGUGACGUGGAACAACUUGAAGAGGAAUUUAGACGUAAAAUUGAGCUAGAAGAGGAGGAAAAAAAGCUUGAAGAAACUUUGGAAUUUCAACGAAGGAUAGAAAAUGAAGCCAAACAGAAGCACCUUGCAGAGCAACAGAAAAAAUCAUCUGGGUUAUACUCAGAAGAAGUGGCAGACAAACUUCAAGAUUGUCAAACAAAGGCGGAUGAUGAUCUACCAGAUGCACAUGAACAUGUAAGAGUACCUGUGCAGGAGCAGUUGGUAAAAGAGAACGGAUCACGAAGUAAUCUGGAUGGUGUGCUUACACCCAGAGCAAAUGGUUCCAUGGUUAAUUAUUUGCAUCAGUCCAAAGUUAAACAAUCAGAUGAUCUGCCUAAUGGAGUUGUUCCAGUUCCAGAGAAUGGUCUACCUUUGUCUGGGCGUACAGGUAAAAAACAUAAACGGCAGAAGAAUUCUUCCAGACUGGUUGAUGGAAAGUUUGAAUCUAUCUCAUCAGAAAAAGAGAACACUGAGGAUACACAUACCGAUUAUUGCUCAAGAGAGCAAUUCAAAUUUAAUAACAAUCAAGAUGCUAAUAAUGUGAGGGAAAACAAUGCAUCAGAUGCAGAGGAGGAAAGAUUUCAAGCUGAUCUUAAAAUUGCCGUACGCCAAAGCCUGGACACAUAUCAAGCUCGUGGAAAUUUAUCUUCGGUUUCCAGUUUAAGCAUGUCACAAAGAGCUUCCUCACAGGUAGAUAGUGUCAAUUGUCCUACUGUGGAUGACUCAACCGAUAAUGUGAAUGGGGCGACUUUGCUUGGUACUGGACUGAAGAAUGAAGUGGGUGAAUAUAAUUGUUUUCUCAAUGUUAUUAUACAGUCAUUGUGGCAUUUAAGACGCUUUCGGGUGGAAUUUCUUGGCAGAUCAAGAUCAGAGCAUGAUCAUGUGGGUAGUCCUUGCGUUGUCUGUGCAUUGUAUGAAAUAUUCACUGCACUGGAUAUUGCAUCAAAGGAUUCACGGAGAGAGGCAGUUGCACCUACAUCUCUGCGGAUAGCUCUUAGCAACCUGUAUCCUCACAGUAAUUUCUUCCAGGAGGCUCAGAUGAAUGAUGCUUCUGAGGUACUGGCGGUGAUAUUUGACUGCCUUCAUCGAUCCUUUACUCGUGGUUCAAGUGUUUCUGAUGCAGAAUCAGCUGAAAGCAUCUGUAUGGGGUCGUGGGACUGUGCAAAUGGUAGUUGUAUAGCACAUUCACUUUUUGGAAUGAACAUUUUUGAACAAAUGAACUGCUAUCACUGCGGCCGUGAAUCCAGACAUAUGAAAUAUACUUCCUUCUUUCACAAUAUAAAUGCCAGUGCCCUCCGAACAAUGAAGGUAAUGUUUGCUGAAGCUUCAUUUGAUAAGCUUUUGAAUCUUGUGGAGAUGAACCAUCAGUUGGCUUGUGAUCUAGAAGCUGGUGGCUGUGGCAAGCUCAACCACAUCCAUCACUUUCUUUCAACUCCACCCCAUGUUUUUAUGACUGUCCUAGGUUGGCAAAAUACAUGUGAGAGUGCGGAUGAUAUAACAUCGACUCUGGAAGCCCUGAGCACCAAGAUAGAUAUAAGUGUCCUUUAUCGUGGUUUAGAUCCUAAAUGCAUCCAUAACUUGGUGUCAGUGGUUUGCUACUAUGGUCAACAUUAUCAUUGCUUUGCUUAUAGCCAUGACCAUGGACAGUGGAUUAUGUAUGAUGACAAGACUGUCAAGGUAAUUGGUGGAUGGGCGGAUGUUCUUACAAUUUGUGAAAGAGGGCAUCUACAACCUCAGGUUCUUUUCUUUGAAGCUGUAAACUAAAUUUUUGGUGGAACUGAUAACAUCAUUUGCUGGGCUGAAGAAUGUUGAGUUUGGCAUCCAAUUGGUUCCUGGUGUGGCCCUGUUUAUGCAGAUGCAUUGCAUUUCUGCAUAACAAAAAAGUGGUUUAGGCAAAUAAAUUUGCAAGUUGCAGUGAUGUCAACUAGUUUUGGCAUACAUGCCUCUGUUGGGAUGUAUAGCAUUUUAAAAUUUACUAUACAAUUCAGGGUUUUAGUAGGAGCAGGUUCUGGCGGGGUAUAAUGAUGACAAAUGCAUUUAGUGUAAUUGGAUGACUUAGAAGAGCCCAUGGAGUGAUGUAUGGUAGCGAGCAUCACUGAACACAAGUGGUUCGUUUUGGGAAUCUCAGAUUCAUUCCUUGUAUCCUACCAAUAAGCAGGUUUUGGUAUUUGCUAGAUGAACCACAAUUGGUGGUGGUUGGCCAGCAAUGUAUGAGAAGAUCUUAGGCUGUUUUAUGAUGGAAAUAAUUGCCCAUUAUUAUCGGGAACGUAUAGCAUUUGUACGAGGGGAGUUUAUUCACCAGUUGUCGAAGAAAUUUCCCUCCCACCCCCUUCCCCCAAAACAAAAAAGGGAUCUGUAUAGUUCUUAUACAAUUAGAUUUGUCAAAAUGUCAGCUUGUAGUCACUUAGGCCGAAAAAGGAGUGUCGUUUACUGAUCCUCUGGACUACUAUUCUCCCUUUCAAGAUAUCUGUUUUGGAACGUGCUGCAUGGCAGACUUUGUGCAACCGUAAAUUGAGGAGCUUCCAUUCUUUUGGAUCCACAACACUGUACCUUAUUCUCAUUUACUUUCAUUUGGGUGUGUGUGGCGUGGGAUGGGGGCCCGUCAGUUGCUAUGAUUUAAGAUAAUGAGAACUAAUGUUACCAAUUUAUAGUUGCAGAUGCUAACUGUAGCUUUAAGUGAGGAAAAAGCUGAAAGGUUUUGGCACAAUUUUGUCCUACACUUUAUCGGAAUAGCGUCAAGUGAGAUGGAUUACUAUACAUCAUUGUUCUGUAUACAUUAGUGCAAAAAUAUUGUGCGGUUUAACAUUUAGAAUUGUACUCGUUUUCCCCCAUUCUGUUAGAAGGUUAUUUUGAUACUUGGUGCAAAAUAUCACGCUAAUUAUUGUGAUGUGUAGAGGCAUUUUUUAGAGAUCAUUAGUGUCUGACUCCUACAGCAGAACUCAAAAAAGUUAGUUUAAAUGUUUUCGACAAGAAGUGUUUGAAGAAUUUCUCAUGAAUGGAAUAACAAGAAUUGUAAGCUCUGAAUGUUA